UGAUCUGACAAACGCCAUAGACUGUGAAUAGGGCAUGCUUUGUGUGUGCAAUAUGAUUUAUGUAUGUAUGUAUGUAUGUGGAAUGGAGGUCAAAACGUGCCGUAAACUCACUCCACAGCUAGUUUGAAUUGUUGCGCAUGGAGCCAAUCAAGAGGUGCAGGUUGGCUCAGGACAGCAACAUGGGCAGAAGCAACAGCACUACCUCGCGCAGUGUUCCAGUGGUGCUGUUGUGCCUUGGUGCUCUGCUAUUGGGCAAUGUGGUGAUCUACUUCUACCUGGACUCACUGCAGCAGAGUGGCGACGGCGACCCCCACCUGACUCCUCAUGGCGCGUGUCCGCCCCGUCACUUUAGGAUGGCCAACAUGAGGAACUGUUCGCCCUGGCUGGAGUGUCCACAAGUACGCACAGAGGUGCGCAAGUUGAAGAUGAUCGGCCAGGGAGCUGUUAAGCAGGUUUUCCUGUCUGAGUGGAAGGGUCACAAAGUAGCCCUGUCCAAGCUCUCCUCCCCGGAAUACCAGGAGGACUUCCUCCAUGGGCUCUCCAUGCUCCAGGCCCUCCAAGGGCCCCACGUGGUGGUGCUGGUAGGCCUGUGCUCAGAAGACCACACCCUGGUCACAGAGUACCAUCCGCUGGGCUCUCUGCUCAACCUGGUUGCCGUGCUGGCCCAGGAGAGGCACCGCGUACGGGAUACCUGGCAGACCCGCCUGCGGCUGGCACUGGACUACGUCUCCAUUCUCCAUUAUCUCCACACCAGCCCCGCCGGGACCAGAGUCAUGUGUGACUCGAACGACCUGGUGAAAACCCUGUCACAGUUCCUGCUGACCAGCGACUUCCACCUGGUGGUCAAUGACCUGGAUGCCCUGCCAGAGGUCGGGGCCCCUGCGGGCUCGCUAGUGAGAUGUGGCCACCGGGAGCUCACAGGGGAAUUUGUGGCCCCAGAGCAGCUGUGGCCCCACGGUGACGGCCAGCCAUUUGCCGAUGAGCUUAUGCCGGGGUAUGAUGAAAAAACAGAUAUUUGGAAGAUUCCAGAUGUUACAAGUUUCCUGAUGGGAAGGGUAGCGGGAGGUGACGUGGUCCACUUCCACCUCUUUCAGAUCAACGGGGAGUGUAAGAGAAGAGACCCUCAUCUUCGCCCCUCUGCAAUGGACGUCCUGAGCGUGUACAGAUCAGUCUAUGCUACCAUGAUGAGAGACAGUCCCGGUCCUGGUGCCUCCAGAGACAUGCUUUAAUCUCACUUUUUCUUUGUACUGAUAAGAAACUGGACUGUGUAAUAAAAAAUGAAAUAACUUUU